AUGCUUUGUUAAUGAAACGACCAAUACCAUAAAGCAGUUGAUGUGCCACGCCCCCAGAUGCUGAGAUGAAAGAGAUGUACUUUACCAAGCUAAAGGAGAAUCUUGUCGAGUAUCUAUGGAGCCUGCGUCUCAGCCGGCGUGGUAGGCUAGGCCUGGCGCUGUUGACUGGAGUAUCACUAUCUAUACUGGCUGGACUUGUGUUGAGGCAGAGGAGACGGCGAUAUCGACCCAUCCCCUCCACCAAGCGCUCUACACUGCAUAGAUCCAGUACCUUCAAUCAGGCCAGCAACACAGCAGAGCAGCGCGUAGACGUACUUCCUGCUAUUGUUGUGAUUGAAGAGAGCAGCCCAGUGUUGGAGAGAUGGGAGGAGACAGAUCAUGACUCUGGAAGCAGCGAUGAUUCAUUCCAUUCCACAGUAGACGUUCUUGAUCUGUCCCCUCAUGCCCUCUACUUGACUGCCCUGGAGGUGGUUAGCAAUGGUAGUGUGGUUGUGCGUACUGACAGGACGGAGCUGCUCCAGUGUAGCAGUCAGAAUGAUUUCCUGGCAAAGGUCUACUGUGUUCGAUUGGGCUUUGACCAUUUACUACAGUCUACAAAUAAUCGCACGUACUUUAUUAGUAUUGCACAGCAUUUAAUGUCAGACUUUCUAUCGAGUGCUGGAGGGAACCCUACUUUGUUCUGUGAGCAGUUCAAUGAGCUCAUUGAUUUUAUGCUGGAUGAGGAAUCAUGGAGAAUAGCAGUGGAGGAGCUCUCUCAGAGAAAAGUGAAGGCCAUGAAUGUGUAUGACAUUGGAGUGGACUUUAUUCUCCUGGAUUCAUUUGAUGACCUGGAGCGUCCACCGUCUGCUUUUGUAUCUGUGCUACAGAAUCGCUGGAUUACCACUGGCAUGAAGAAAUCAGCCCUCUCUGCUGCAUUGUGGUCUGUUCUCAAGGCCAAGAAAGGAAUGCUCAAGCAUAAGAAUGGAUUUAUGACACAUUUCUAUGCUCUGAGUGAGACAGUGACUCCAGCCAUGGCCUGGGGGUUCAUGGGUACAGAUGAAUCUCUCAAGGAAACCUGUGCUCACUUCAAGGCUGUGGUCCUUCACUUUAUUCGCUGUGUCUUCUCUCUUGAGUCAGUGCGCUACUCUAGUGUGGAGGUACUAUCACAAGAUAUCCUGUCAAGAGCACAAGAAGCUGCUCAAGACAUGAGAACUUUCUCACCACACACACAAUGACUCAAGCUGCCAUUCUGUAUUAUUAUACUGUUUAUAAUACUUUUUUGCUGUCAAUUUGUACUUUGUGAUAAUUUGUGGUAUGAAUAAAUGAAUGUGAUAAAAAAGAAAGACACGUAGUGCUGAUUUGUAUUCUAGCAGA